AACCUCCGGUACUUGUCUGUAGCCAUGGGUAAACGCGGCAAUAAGAAGUUCUCGAGAGGAGGAGGAGGAGGAGGAGGAGGUCGCGGCGGCGGUGCUCGUCGCGAUCGUCAAGGCUGGCAGGACCUUCCUCGCCAGAACGAUAGAUUCGAGAAUUACUACAACUCGCAGGGAUUCAUCCCCGAGGAAGAUAGAGAAGUCUUCUGGGAAGUUAUCCGGAGGGACCUUCCUAAUAGCUUCCGAUUCACGGGCUCACGAGGACACGCACUCACGGUCCAAGAACGGCUCAAGGAUUUCUAUAUCCCCGAAAUUACUUCGAUUCAACACGAAGGCAACAAUGUCGAGCCCCCUCGCCCGGUUGAGUGGUACCCCGACCAGCUCGCAUGGUGGAUGACCACCCCGAAGCAAGUGAUUCGGCGCUUCCCGCCUUUCGCCUCGUUCCAAAAGUUCCUUGUUGCCGAGACGGAUGUUGGAAAUAUCAGCAGACAGGAGGUUGUCAGUAUGAUUCCUCCUCUCCUCAUGGAUCUCCGCCCGGGUAUGACAGUGCUGGACAUGUGCGCUGCUCCUGGAAGCAAAUCCGCCCAACUGAUGGAAAUGAUACACGUUGGGGAGGAAGAAGCUAUGCUCCAGGUGGCGCAGCAAGUGAAGGAUGGAACUGCGGGACCGGAACCCCUUGGACCCGAAGGACUGAAUGACGACGGCCGUACCACCGGUCUGCUCAUUGCCAACGACAGCGACCACAAGCGCGCACACAUGCUGAUCCACCAGAUGAAGCGUAUUAGCUCUCCUAACCUCAUUGUCACGAAUCAUGACGCAACAAUGUACCCCUCAAUCAGACUGCCCUCCAAGCCAAGCGCAGAUGGAAAGCCGGGCCCGAACAGAUAUCUGAAGUUUGAUCGCAUCCUGGCAGAUGUUCCUUGCACUGGAGAUGGAACAGCUCGAAAGAACGUGAGUGUUUGGAAAGACUGGACCCCCACAAACGCUAUCGGUCUCCAUGCCAUCCAGGUCCGUAUCCUUGUCCGCGCCCUGCAGAUGCUGAAGGUUGGGGGUCGUGUGGUUUACUCCACCUGCAGUAUGAAUCCUCUGGAGAACGAGGCCGUUGUUGCUAGCGCCAUCGAGCGCUGCGGUGGUCUGGAAAAUGUCCACAUUAUUGACUGCAGCAAUGAGCUCCCCGGACUGAAAAGAGCAUCUGGAUUACGAUCUUGGAAGGUGAUGGACCGCGAGAACCGCAUGUGGAGUAGCUGGAAGGAAGUUGAAGAGCAUAGAGCCCAGGCAGGUAUCAAUGGCCUUGGCCGGAUUGCUGAGGGCAUGUUCCCACCAGCUACCGACAUGCCUCUCGAAAGGUGUGUUCGUAUUUACCCAUACUUGCAAGAUACCGGCGGUUUCUUCAUUACCGUGCUCGAGAAGAAGUCUGAGAUCCGUGCCAAGCCAGAGGAUCCUUCCAAGGUGAUUCCGAAAGGCACCAUUGCUGCGCUCACAGAAGAACUCGAGUUUAAGCAGAAGAACGGAACGGGCAAGCCUCUGGAGAAGAUCGAUGCACUGGAUGAUCUGGUCCCCCAUGACAAAGAAGCUGAACUGGAGGAGGAAAAGAACGCCUCUGUUGCGGAAGCUACCCACCAACCCCCUUACUCUGCAACCAACCAAAUUUCAUCGGCCAAGAGAGAUGCGGAAAGCAUGGAAGAUGAGCUCCCGGUCAAGCGAACCAAACUUGAUGAUGGGACUGAAGUUGUCAUCGGGGAUCGCCCGAUCCAUCGGCCUCCCCCUGCUAUUGAAUCCGAUGCCGUCGAAAGCUCCGACGUCAACUCUACUCCUGGCCCUGCUGAAGCCCCGGCCGCAACGCUUGACUCCCAGGUUAAGCCCCAGAAGCGGAAGCCCGGCCAACCCUCCGAGGAACCGUUUAGAUACUUGGAUCCCAACCACCCGGAACUCCAACCUGUCUUUAAAUUCUUUGAGAUCUCUGAACGAUUCCCGCGGGAUCGUCUCAUGGUUCGCAAUGUAGAGGCAAAUCCAUCACGAACUGUUUACUACACGAGCGCUCUCACGCGCGAUAUCCUGGUAGCCAACCAGGGCCAGGGUCUGAAAUUUGUCCACUGCGGUGUGAAGAUGUUCGUGAAGCAGGACGCCCAGCGCAUGGAGGUUUGCCGCUGGCGCAUCCAGACUGACGGUCUGAGGAUUGUCCAGCCAUGGUUGGGUCCUGCUCGGGCCGUUACGCUCACCCAGAGAGAAACCUUCCGGAAGCUCCUUGUGGAGAUGUUCCCCAAGGUUAAUGACGGCGGGUGGCAGAAUCUCGGGGAGAUUGGCGAACGGGUCAGGGAUAUCCCGAUGGGCUGCAGCAUUCUAUACAUUAGCCCUGACAGCUCAGACAAAUUCACUGAGCGGAUGGUCCUCCCACUUUGGCGAUCCCUGCAUUCCAUCAACCUCAUGCUUCCCAAGGAAGACCGCCGCGCGAUGCUUCUUCGCAUCUUUAACGACGAUACCCCUGUGGUCAACACAACCCACAAGCGUUCCGAAAGCACCCCGCAGACUUCGACCCCUGCUGUUGAAGCUAUGAGCACAGAGGAAGACGCAAUCAAGCAGGAGAACAUUACGCUGGGCCCAGACGAGCAGGAGCAGAUGGAUACGCGCGAAACAUCCACCCAGGCGAACGAGGAAGAAGAUCGAUCUAACACUACUGUAUAAUUUUUUAUUUGACUAUCAGAGUUAGUAUAUACCGAACCCCCCGGUUCCAAAAGCUUGAACGAUUCUCAUCUUGGAGUAAUUCUCUGUGUUCUCUUUAUAUCUACCAUAACCUCGAACUUUGUGAUCUGUACUCUGUACGCAACAGACCCUCAGGGACAGCCCGUAAACCAAUCUUGUACAACCCACAACCCACAAUCUACCGGACGCAGGAAUGGACUAUCCCAAGACAAGACCAAACACGGAUCUAACCCCAGCUGGAUCGGAGACGAACCCG